AUGGCAGCUUUCAGUUGCGCGUUGAAACAGAAUCCACCUACCAGCAGCUAUCGAAACAUGGGAAUCAAGCAUCAUCAGGCUUGUCUAAGGCAUCUUCAAUGCAGCCUUGGCGACCGAACACGAUCGCAACCUGAUGCCGUGCUCGGCGCCAUCAUUCUACUGAUCACGCUGGACUGCAUCACGGGCGACUCUUCCGCCUGGCGCACGCACGUUCGAGGCGGUCGCAAGUGGCUUCAGACGGCGCGAAGCAAACUCUGGAAGGGGACAGACAGCAUGUCAACGCUGUACCAGAUCUUCUCCGUUCUCGAAGCAAUCGGCGGAGCUGCCCAUGGGCUCGAAGACUUUGGUGGAGAUCUUGCUUCAGAUUAUACCUAUGACAGCAUCUUGGGCGUAUGUGGGACGACACUGCACCAGAACUAUAGACUGGACAGCUUGUACGGCCUCACGCAGCCCAUUCUCGAGGCUAUAAUCCAUAUCAACAAGCUCGACGCACGCCCGAUGACGGCUACAUCACAAGAGGUGGAGAACUUGCGCAUCAAGAUCCUACUCAACGAUCCGCGUGGUCUAUGUCUGGACGACGUUGUCGAUUCCACGGAGCGUGAGUUGGUGCGGCACCAUGCUUGCGUCUUCUACUUCGCCUGCCAGAUCCACUACGAGCGAACAAUCCACCGCGUCACGCCAGAAAGCACACAAGACCUGGUGACGCGCGCACUGGAGCACCUGGAGGCUAUCGCUGGCCUGGAGAUCCACCUCAACGUUGCAGGCCUGAUGUGGCCGGUCUUUGUGACUGCUUGCGAGGCAGAGUCCGACAGUAUACGGAAGCGUUUCCAUUGGUACUUUGGUAAGGGGCAGAAGCACGGGAUCCAAGGCAUCUCGGCUGGGCAGAAGGUUGUUCAGGAAGUCUGGAGGAGGAGAGACGCAUGUUCGGCGCCAGAUAAGGCUAGCAUUAGGUGGCAGCAGGUAAUGGUCGACUUGAGGCUUGAUCUUCUACUUACUUAA